CGGUAGAAUGCUGAUGGUGGAGGUUUGGAGAACCGAACCUGUGGAUUUCACAAACGAAAGCAGACCACGCGCGAAAACGCUCAUUUGUACUGACUCUUCUGCAGUUUCUGCAUUUCGCCCGCAGAUAUCGCGCUUGUUAAUAGGACAUGAUCAAUGGAGACGAUCCGUGAAAUAAAUUGACGUAAAGCAACCCUCAACCUCCUGUACAUGGCAAACAAAUUAUUUCAAAGUUUAUGGAAAAAGUGAAGAUGUCAAGAAGAAGGACAUCAGCAUAUAGAAAUGUUAACUAUCAGAAGUUGCAGGAAGAUGAUAGUGAAUUCAUUGAUUCUCAGUUUGAAAUUCCAACACAAGCUAUUCCAUGGAAAGCACUUGUCCUUGCAAUAUUUCUCUGCUUUGGAGGAACAAUAUUGCUGGUUCUUGGGAGUUUACUUGUUAGUGGUCACAUUGAUGCAAAGUAUGCAGAUCGGACAUGGCCUCUUAUUAUACUGGGAAUUAUCAUGUUUUUGCCAGGAGCAUACCACGUAAGAGUUGCAUAUUACGCAUAUCGUCAGUACCCAGGAUACUCUUUUGACGAUAUUCCAGAAUUUGAUUGAAACUUUGCCUGAUGAGAGAAAUCCAUACAUAAUACAGUAACAAUAUAAGAAUUCAAGCACAAAUUUUAAUUAAGUAGGAGGAGAACUAUUCUUCCACCAUGACUUCAUAAAUCAAAUGGGAUAAGAUGAAAGUAUGGUAUGUGCAUUUGGAGCAAUAUAUUACAGGAAACUAGGGCAUAUCUUGCCUGUUUUCAUUAAUUUUCACCUAUUUCAUUCAAAAUGUCCCACUGUAGACAAAGUGCUUAGUUUUGAAAGCCAUCACUGUAUACAUCAUAAAUGUAACAGCUUAAAGGUCUAAAAUCCUCUCGUGCAGAAGUGGACUUCAGCUCCAAACUGACAUGGUUGAUCAUCCAAGAGGAUGUUAUCACAUUUACUCAUAAUGAAUGCUUCAAGUCUUAUAAGCUCAGAUUUAAUUUCACAUUCUUUGUCUUACCAAACCAUGGAAAUCAAUUUGCAUCUGAUCUGAAGCAAAGAGCUGCAAGGUUUCCCAUCAACCACUGGUGGUAAGGGAUGGCCAGUAGGUAUCAGCACUUAACAGUCCUUGACCAUUCUACUUUUGUGGCACAAAAUUAAUAAGGAGGUGUUACUAACAAAAAUAACAAAAAUGUUAAAUCUGUUGUUAAUGUGCACUUAACAAGUGUUUAACUGUUCUCAAUGAACAGUGUUCAAUGGAACAUGCUUAAUAUUAAUUUUUGUAAGUACCUUAAGAAAACUAUUUCAAAACCAUGCCCACUGAUGUUAUGUCAACAACACUGCAGUGGAUAGUGAGAUGCUAGGUCCUGUACCCUUGACCAGUACAUGGUCAAUUUAUACCCUUAGUUUCAAAUCAUGUUAAUGUCGGCCCAACCGUUCAUAUUCAUUUGGACUGGGUUGAGUAUUAUCCUCCUAUCUUCCUCUUUGGAGUGGGCUGGAGCCAUCCUCACCAAAAUUCUAUGUGUGUUUCAUGUUCCAUUAAAACUACAUGUCCAGCCAAUUGUGACUAUUUUAAUAAAAGGACAGUAUACAUUGUAAAGGUCUUCAGUUAUGUAAUUUCAUCUGCUUCCUAUUCAUGUAUUGUUGAAAUUUGUUGUUUCAAAUUGAUAUCUGAUCCAGGUCUGUACAUAAAUAUAUAGUAAUUUAAUUAAUUUUAAAUAUCAAUUGAACUUUCUUGGUGCAUAUCUGUAACGAAUUUGAGUUUUCAAUAUAUCUAACAAAAUACAGAUUUUGAAACCACUAA